AUGGCGAGUUCGACAAUAUUUGAGUGGAAUGUGAAUGCAUUCAUUGUGAGUGGAAAGCAUUCAUAUUGUGUCUAUGUGAAUGCAGCCACUCCAAUUGUAUCUGUGGAGUUUGAUAGAGAGGAGGAAGACGAUGGGCGGAGCAGGAACACCAGAUUUUUUCUACAGGGAAGCUCAGCGCCUGGGUUAUGUUGCUCGCUCUGCCUUCAAGGUUGUGCUCCUGGUGCCUGGCUUCAGGUGGCAUGCCAGAGUUUGGGUCCAUUGAAAAAUAAUGGAGCUGUUGUUGGAAUUGAUCUCAAGAAGGUAAAGGUGCCAGCUAUGCACUGUGAUUCGAGGGUUCAAACUGUUUGUGCAGAUGUUAUGAAACUAGCGAGGGACCAAAUUAGGGAGCUUUCUCCUCAGCAAAAGGGGUUCUCCAUCAUACUAUCUGACAUGUGUCCCCUAGUUUCUGGAAUAACAACAAGAGAUGCAGUUCUAUCUGCUGAACUGGGACACCGUGCACUCAACCUAGCCGUUGGAGGGGGAGCUUUGCCUCAUUCCGACGAUAAUGUUCAGCUAGAUGGCUCGGUUUCUGCUCUGGGUAACAAUGGUGCAUUGCAACCCGGGGGCCAUCUUGUCAUAAAGCUGUUGGAAAGUGAAGAGAUUAAGGAAAUUGGUCAGAUUUGCAAAUCUGUGUUCAGAAAGACAUCAUGGCUGAGGCCAAAAGCAACAAGGUCGUGCUCAAGAGAGAUUUAUUUGAUUUGCCAAGGUUUGCGCCACUAAUGAAAAGCUAUAAGUCUUGCUCAACAAACCUCAGCAAAUGUUUUGCAUUUAAUUAAGGUUUUGAUAAAUUACUUUAACUUUUUUAUGUCAAUCUUCUAUUCUUCACUAUGCUCAAUCUUCCAUUAUUCUUCAGGUUUUAGUCUUAAUUUCUCUUAGAAGUAGGGGAAAAAAAAACAAAAGAGUUAAUAUUGGUUUAGUCAUUGAUUUGAUAGCUUUUCCGGAUUUUUUUUUUUU